UUUCUAUGCGUAGAUGUAGUAUAGAAAGCGGGAAGAAGUUGUACAUUUAAUUUCGCUCUCUUUCUCUUUGUCAAAAAACUAAUUGGUUCACUAAUUGAUGUGUGCCGAAAAAAGUCGUGCAAUGGUUUUCACAAUCGAUGGUGAAAAACCUACUGCAAAAGGUAUAAUCAGCGAUUCUGAACCAAAACAAUAUUCCUUCGAUGAGGUGAUCGACAUUAUUGCAAAUGUUAACUUUUGGUGGACAGGGUUCGGUAGAACAACUCUGCAAGUAUUUAUUGCAUCAUCUAUAGUCAUGAUGGCGGUAUUGAACGAAACAAUGGGCAUUUCGAUCGUUAUUCCAGCAGCCCAGUGUGAUCUCAAUCUUUCAUCAACCGAUAAAGGCAUCUUGUCUGGGGUGAGUUUUGGAGGUAUCAUCGUGUCGUCACACUUCUGGGGUUAUAUAGCAGACACGAAAGGUCGCCGGAGCACACUCAUCGUUUCAUUAUUGUUGACCGCCACCUGUGCGCUAGUGUCGAGUUUUUCCAUCAAUUUUACUAUGAUGGCGGUUAUGCGUUUCCUGGUCGGAAUAUUUAUUUCAGCUCCAUCGGCGACCAUUUUCGCUUACCUGGGAGAGUUCUUCAAAACUGAAAACCGAACCAUGGUAAUAACCUAUGCCAGCGUAGCCGUGGGACUAUCGGGUGUCUUCACUGCAACAACAGGGUGGUACGUACUUUCGUUUGACUGGUCACUAACGUUACCCAGCAUGAACUUUAUUAUGCACCCUUGGCGGCUUCUGUUCAUCGUCUACACACUGCCCACUCUGGUUGGGGCUUGUUGGCUGAUAGUAUUGCCCGAAAGUCCAAAAUUUUAUCUGUCCCGUGGCCGUCAGUCCGAGGCAUUCGUCGUUCUUCAGCGCCUUUAUCUAGAAAAUCAUCCGAAUGCGACUGCGCAAGACUUCGAUGUGAAACAUAUUAUUCCUGAAACGGGUCAAAAGAGUCGAAGCACACUAUCCGCAUCCACAGGUGGUUUCUGGCAGAUUGUUAAAAGUGUGUACAAUCAAACAGUUCCUCUGUUCAAACGGCCCAAUUUAGUCAACUUCGUCAUUUGCUGCGUGGUCCAAUUCGGACUAUUUGUUGUAUCCGCCGGCAUGGGGCUUUGGUUCCCGGACAUAGUAAACCGCAUAACCACGUCAAACGCCACAGAUGUAACGGUAUGUGAGGCGUUAGGAUCUAGUUCAUCUUACCAGAACGUAACGGAAAGUUACGAAGAGUUCAUAAGCAGAGAUGCUGCCUGCAACAACACCGUUAACGAAAGGGUUUUCAUAUAUGCGAUAACACUCGGCGGACUGUACACGAUAUUAUACCUCGUUAUGUCGAUAUUCAUGCGAAUCGUUGGUCGCAAGUGUGUGGUCGGGUUCAAUCUAUUUUUUUCCGGAUUUUCCGGUAUAGUUUUGCAGUUCGUGGGCAAUCCAUACAUUAUGGUAUCCCUGUUCUGCUCAUUCCUUGUAUUCGCCGGAACGUCGAUUUCGAUUCUAAACGGUGCUACUGUGUCGAUGUUUCCGACGAACGUAAGAGCUAUGGCCGUCUGUUUAAGUCUUAUGAUGGGUCGUUUGGGCAGUGUAUUCGGAAGCAACCUCGUGGGUCUUAUCAUGGAGCAAAACUGUACUCUUACUUUCUAUCUCUUUGCCAGCGGGUCCAUCAUUUGCGCAGCCUUGACACUGAUGCUGCCCAGUUAAUGCCAUAAAUAUACACGUAUCUGUGAAAUUUGAUCUUACGUAUGCGUUUGAAACUUUACAUAUAAACAGCAAUUGUUCACUAACUGUAGUUUGUGUAUUGCAGGUGAUUUGACUUAUGUCCCUUUUAAAGUUCAAUCCAAUCGUUUCAGGCAUUUAAUUUUGGGGCUUCAAUGUAAGUUGUAAACAUAUUCGCAACCCCUAAAGCUAGUGGCAUGUUGGCUGAAGUACCAGCAAUAGAAUUGACACCACUAAACAAGCGCGUGCAGCGUGGGGUACAUCAAACAAUCGGUGCGAGGGAUGCAGUAUGGGAAUUGUUUUGAAUUGUUUUCCAUCGUAUACCUACUAUUCGUCACGUUUCCUACUGCAGUUUCCUCUUUUAACCGUUCGUUUGAGCAUCAGAUGACUUUGGCCGAGGGUACCCCGCAUAUCAGCGCAGCAUUCGCGCAAAAAUCAAAGGACAAUUUGAGAACGCCCUUUCGGCUGUUAGGAAUUGCGCUCGUUUAGGAAUGUGGGUUAUCCUCGGCGUCUGUGAAGUACUCGGUAAGCUUUUGUCGCUUCAAAAAUGUGCUUUAUUGGACAACUUAAACGUAUUGGGAAAGUUAAAAAAAUGCGAAUAGGGUAACGAAUAACUGAGAAGAGGUAAAACCAAAUUUUCCCUGUCACCGUUUUCGAUUUUUAACGUAGCGUUUCAGUUGACUUUUAGUGAUUUUUGGCUUUACGUAUGCAAGUAGUAAGUGGGAAGAUUAACAGAAUUGAACGGACAUGUUUGUCGUUAACUGGUGCUUGCAUACCUGGCAUACAUAAAAAAAACUUUUCCGCACAAAUCGUUCUAUGAAUCCAAAAUGAAAUGAGAUAAAAACUACAAUUUUGCGGAAGGUGCUAAAAAUAAAAGGCAAAAUAUAAUGUUUAGGAUUUACAGUAAAACGAGGUAGCCUGUGAUGAUUUAACAAGCAGAAUUGUAUUUUGAUGUGUUUUUCAAUAGGCUAAUGAUAGGUUAAGUGAAAUCAAGUUUUCUAGCCAAGCAAUGCAUUGGCAAAACACUUAUUCAAAAAUAAUUACUUUAAAUUAAAAACAUAUCACAUUCUCAAUGGGACAGAUGAUGAAACUUGAUUAAAGCAUAAUACCAAGAAUUUAUCAACAAAAGAAUAUUGUCUUCCAUAAUAACAAAUCAAAACUAUCUAUGUUUGUGUUUCCCACAUCUCUGAUGGAUUCUGUGGACUUUUGUUGAAAGAAU